AUGGCGGAGCGGGCCGGGCGAGGCGGAGGCGGCCGGCUGGACAAGAGCAUCACCUUGCCGCCGGACGAGAUCUUCCGCAACCUGGAGAACGCCAAGCGCUUCGCCAUCGACAUCGGGGGAUCGUUGGCCAAGUUGGCUUACUACUCCACAGUGCAACACAAAGUGGCCAGGGUGCAGUCCUUCGAUCAAUCGUGCAAGGAUGUCGAACACGAAUCUCCCUACGAGGUCACCGUCCAGGAGGAGAUCACGGCUCGGCUCCAUUUCAUUAAAUUCGAGAACACCUACAUCGAAACCUGCUUGGAUUUCAUCAAGGACCACCUCGUCAACACCGAAACGAAAGUGAUCAAAGCCACAGGAGGUGGUGCGUACAAAUUCAAAGAACUUAUUGAGAAGAAGCUGGGAUUAAAAUUGGAUAAAGAAGACGUGAUGACUUGCCUAAUUAAAGGCUGCAACUUUGUCCUCAAGAACAUCCCCCACGAGGCCUUCGUCUACCUGAAGGAUGCCGACCCCGAGUUCAGGUUCCAGAUGAACCAUCCCCACAUUUUCCCCUAUUUGCUGGUCAAUAUCGGCUCUGGAGUUUCGAUCGUGAAGGUGGAAACGGAAGACAAAUUUGAAUGGAUUGGUGGAAGUUCCAUCGGAGGCGGGACUUUCUGGGGCCUCGGAGCAUUGCUUACCAAAACCAAGAAGUUCGACGAAUUGCUGCAGCUCGCUUCGAAGGGCCAACACACCAACGUCGACAUGCUGGUGAAGGAUAUCUACGGCGGGGCCUAUCAAACCCUCGGCCUGAGCGGGAACCUGAUAGCCAGCAGCUUUGGGAAAUCUGCCACGGCGGACAAAGAUUUUUCCAAAGAAGACAUGGCCAAAAGUUUGCUGCACAUGAUCAGCAACGAUAUCGGGCAGCUGGCUUGCCUGCACGCCAAGCUCCACAACCUGGACAAAAUCUACUUUGGCGGUUUCUUCAUCCGGGGACACCCCGCCACCAUGCGGACCAUCACCUACAGCAUUAACUUCUUCUCCAAGGGUGAAGUCCAGGCUUUGUUCCUGAGGCAUGAAGGCUACCUGGGAGCGAUAGGUGCUUUUUUAAAAGGAGCAGAGCAAGACAAUCCCAAUUUAUACAGCUGGGGAGAGAACUACGCUAGCAGUUCAGGCCUUCUGAGCACGUCGCCCGACGUUUGCCCCAUGCAGCGGGAACGAAGCGGCACCUUCGACAUGUUGGAAAUGGACCGUCUGGAGGGAAUGCUGGUGAAUCUCCCCUUGCUGCAGGAUCCCUCCACUUACGUCGCAGACACCGUGGAUCUCACCGACGACGUCCUGGCCCGGCAGUAUUGGCUCUCGUGCUUUGAGGAGGCCUUGGAUGGGGUUGCCAAACGAGCCGCAGCCAGCCAGCCCGAUUCGGUCGACGCGGCCGAGCGAGCCGAGAAAUUCCGACACAAGUACUGGGACAAGCUCCAAACACUCCGACAGCAGCCGUUCGCAUACGGCACCCUAACCGUUAGAAGUUUAUUGGAUACAAGGGAACACUGUUUGAACGAAUUUAACUUCCCUGAUCCCUACUCCAAGAUAAAGCAGAAAGAAAACGGCAUCGCCCUGCGGUGUUACCAGGGGGUGAUCGAGUCCCUGGAUUCCCUCGGCUGGGAGGAGAGGCAGUUUGCCCUGGUGAAGGGUCUCCUGGCUGGAAACGUCUUCGACUGGGGGGCCAAAGCCGUCUCGGACGUCCUGGAAACGGAGCCCCAGUUCGGAUUCGGAGAAGCGAAGGAAAAAUUGCAAGAGCGUCCUUGGCUCGUGGAUUCGUACAGCGAAUGGGUGGAACGGCUCAAGGCCCCAGCUCAUAAAUGUGCCUUAAUUUUUGCAGAUAACAGUGGAAUUGAUAUCAUCUUAGGCGUCUUCCCUUUUAUUAGGGAAUUGCUCUGUAGGGGCACGGAGGUUAUUUUGGCUUGCAAUUCAGGUCCCGCUCUGAAUGACGUCACGUAUAACGAAUCCUUACUUGUGGUGGAGAAGAUUGCGGCUAUGGAUGAUGUUAUUCGGUCUGCCCUGAAGGAAGAGCGGCUCCUUUUGGUCCAGACCGGCUCCAGUUCGCCCUGCUUGGAUCUCAGCCGUCUGGACAAGGGCCUGGCUAACUUGGUCCGAGAGCGGAAGACCGACCUGGUGAUCAUCGAAGGGAUGGGCCGGGCUAUCCACACCAACUACCACGCCAAGCUCAGGUGUGAGAGCCUGAAGCUGGCCGUGCUCAAAAAUUCUUGGCUGGCCGAUCGACUGGGUGGGAAGAUCUUCAGCGUGAUCUUCAAGUACGAAGUUCCCCUCAAACCCUCCUGAUGAUCCCCAAGAGGGAGCUGGAGGGGGUGAGCUUCAGCAGCAGCGGCUGGAAAAGGACUUGCACUAGUUACAAUUUUAAUUGUAAAGAAUGUAUUUUUA